CAACACGUUAUUAAAAUAUGCCUUUUGUGGAAUUAUUUGCAGGGUAAUUCUAAAGGAGCUUUAUGGUUUUGAAAAGGGCCUAGCAGUUGAUUUAGGUUGUGGAAACUAAAUGCAAGUGAAAUUGCCAUUGUGAAGUAUCCUAACAGCCCUUUAUAAAACCAUCAAGCACUAAGUCACUAAGGCAGUGAACAGAGACUGGAAAAGUCAGAACAAGCCCAUGCAGUGGAUUCCUGGUUGCUGACAGGCUUUCAAUGUUGGCUGACAUGCUCACAGAUACCAUAUGUGUGAAUUCCUAAGCAAGCACCCAUAUCACCAUUUUUUUAAUAGCCACACCCAUAGCACAUGGAAGUUCCCAGUCAAGGAUCACAUCUGAGCCACAGCUGUGGCAAUGCUGGAUCCUUUAACCCACUGCACCAAGCUGGGGAUCGAAUCCUCACCUCUGCAGUACCCAAACUGCUGCAGUCAGAUUCUUAACCCACUGCGCCAUAGCAGGAAUUCCCACAUCACCAUUUUUAAUACCUACUCCAAGCAAAAGAUCCUAUUUAAAACACAUUGCAGUUCUUGGGCACUUGAUUGCCCAGUCGCUGCCAUGACCAAAAUAAAGGCAGAUCCCAACAGGCCAGAGGCUCAGACAGAAGCAUGCUGUGGGGAACAUGCUUACAAUGAACUGCUGGUGAAUCUGAACCCCACUGCGCACCCCCUGGCUUCUCGCAGACUUACGGGGAAGCUCUACAAAUGCAUCAAGAAAGCCAUAAAGCAGAAGCAGAUUCAGCGCGGGGUGAAGGAGGUUCAGAAAUUUAUCAACAAAGGCGAGAAAGGGAUCAUGGUUUUGGCAGGAGACACGUUACCGGUUGAGGUAUACUGCCAUCUCCCAGUUAUGUGUGAAGACCAGAAUUUGCCCUACAUCUAUAUCCCCUCUAAGACGAACCUGGGUGCAGCUGCUGGCUCCAAGCGCCCCACCUGUGUGAUAAUGGUCAAGCCCCAUAAGGAAUACCAGGAAGCCUAUGACGAGUGCCUGGAGGAGGUGCAAGCCCUGCCCCCACCCAUGUGAAGGACUAAGGCAACACCCUGGGUACCUGCUCGGAAGCUGUUGGGCUGGUGGCAGGUCAGCUGGCUGCCCUCCUGCUGCCCACACUCACAGCAUCUCUGUGGUCCCCCAAGGCACAUAUACCUUCCAGACAGCUCCAGCAGCUAUUUCAUGACAGCAAAGCCAGCAUCUUCUCCAUCAGUGCAGUUUCCUAUUGAGCUUCAAUGAAGAUAGUUCCAAGAAUGUGAUGGGGGGAGUAAAUGCU